ACAGUUUACGCAUAUACUUUCUGAGUUCGACCUACUCCACCAAUCACGUAUUCACACUGCUGGUAAAGUGUACGUCAUUUGAACAUUUGUGCUCGUAUUCAAUUUGGUAUAAUGAACACAAUACAAGUAUAGCGUAGCUGGGUUUCAGUGACGUGUUCGUUCCUAUGGAUAAUGCGGCUGCAUUACGUGUGGGUCUGACAUCAACCCCGAAGUAUCUUCCGGUCUGGUACCGUUAUGAUAAGGCAGGGUCCGUCUUCAAUGACCGAUGUCUCUCUGACAACACCUACUACUACUUCUACAGGUCAGAGAUAAGCACUCUCUCCGCCAACAUCGAGGAAAUACUACAAGAUGUAUCUGAAGUUCCGACUCUUGUUGAUAUGGGCAGUGGUAACAGCGAGAAAACUAGAGGAUUUAUCGACGCCCUGCUUACGAAGUAUAAAAGUGUUACAUAUAUUCCGGUUGACAUUUCAAAAGAAUUUCUAGCCGAGACAUCUGACCAGUUGUUCGGGAUAUAUGGAAACAAGUUAUGCAUUAAAAGUAUACCAGGAGAUUACGACGUAGGAAUAGAACGACUAAGGGAUAUGCCAGGGGUAAAGGUUAUCAUGUGGCUUGGUGGUGGAUUCCAGAACCAGAAAUAUCAGGACCAAAUACGACGGCUUAAAUUGUUAUCAAACGUUAUGACAGACAGAUGUCGGCUCAUCAUAAGUUUGGAUAUCACACAAAAUAAGGAGCAGAUAGAAAACGCAUACCUUGACCCUACAGGAAUAUCUGCAGACUUAUACCUCAAUGCGAUAACCCGCCUAAAUAGGGAGUUUGGCUGUUCUAUAAACAAGGACACUCUAAAUCUGGAGGCAGAGUAUAUACACAAUGACAAUCACAAGGAAACUAGCUUCGUCACGCUGUAUGGGAUAUCCAAAGAGAAUCAGCUCCAUCAUAUACCUGGACUUGGGAUUACCUUAAAUCUAGCAAAGGAUGACCGCCUUUAUUUCCAUGAAGGCAAAGGAGUAAGCUGUAAAUACAAUGUUGACCAAAUACGGACUCUAGCUUUAUGUGCUGGACUGUAUUUGGAAAAUCACUGGACAGACACUAACCAACACGUGGCUGUAUGCUACUUUUCAACCCAGAAGACCAAAUGAUGUUAUAUGUAGCGGGAAACUUACAGGGUGAAACAUACAAUUUCAAAUCAUAAAAUACGAGUGUAUUAUUAAAUUGUACUUGAAGGGA